AUGGGCGUGAAAAAGACGUCUUCAACGGCUUCGGAUCGGCACCCUGGCAGCUCCGAUACCAGUCGGCGCGGAUCUACAGCCAUCGCCAACAUCCCACCCAGAAACGUGCCGGCGCAACAACAACAACAACAACAACCCGCAGAUGUCGUGUCUCGACACCUGGUACAGCCGUCAGACGUACCCAGCGAGGAAGCGUUCAACUCGCUGCAACUCCAGGGCGGAGAUAUCACCCGUGAGGUGUACAAGUGGCAGGAUCAACAGCAACAGCCUGACGUUCCGUCGAACGCACCUCCAAGCAGUCAAGCUCCCAGCGUCAGUGGAGGUUUACCAGACUGGGCCUCGUUGAACGAAUCCGGACGUCCCAAGCGAUCUCACAGUUUCUCCGGAAGUGUCAUAUCGCAUGGAUCCAUCAUCAGCCCAGAGAUGUCCGCAGAACAAAUGCGGGCGCCCCAAGGUUUCCGCCGCAGUUUCCUCGUGAACAAGAGUCUUCAGCAAAAUGGCGACGUCCCCAACUUCACAGCUCGCAAUUUUUAUGAGUUUCUUACCCUAUAUGGCCAUUUUGCAGGUGAGGACCUUAGCGACGACGAAGACGACGAUACGGUUAAUUUCGACGAAGAACAUGCAGCACUUUUACCGCGCCGUGAAGCCCGUAAAGCCCGUAAAGCCCAUAAACAACAACACAAGUCUUCUACGGGCAAAGCCGUGCUUUUGCUACUGAAAUCCUUCAUUGGAACCGGGGUAUUGUUCUUGCCUCGCGCUUUUCAAAACGGUGGCUGGGUCUUCUCCACUUUGUGCAUGCUCUUGUGCGGUAUUGUUUCGUUUUACUGCUUUAUUUUGCUCAUUAACGCUAAACAGAAACUCGCAGUCAAAGGUUACGGUGAUUUGGGCGCCGCAUUGUACGGACGUCACAUGCGGUCUGCGAUCCUAACCUCCAUCGUAUUGUCCCAAAUUGGGUUUGCCGCAGCAUACGUCGUAUUCACCGCGACGAAUUUGCAAGUAUUUUUUGCCAACGUGUUUGGGUUCCAAGCGUCUCUGACCAGCUGGCUUGUCAUGCAAUUAAUCAUUUUCAUGCCUCUUUCCCUGACUCGCAACAUUUCCAAACUCAGCGGCACCGCUUUGAUCGCUGACCUCUUCAUCUUGCUGGGGCUCUUGUACGUCUACUACUGUUCCGGGAGUUACGUGGUCCACCACGGUGUUGCAUCGGACACCAUGACUUUGUUCAACAAAAAAGACUGGACUUUGUUCAUCGGGACUGCCAUUUUCACUUUUGAGGGUGUCGGUCUGUUGAUCCCAAUUCAAGAAUCGAUGAAAGAACCUGAGAAAUUUAACAAAUGUCUCUUUGGAGUCAUGGCCACGGCUGCAUUUGUGUUCAUUUCCAGUGGUCUGCUAAGUUAUGCCGCUUUUGGCGAUAAAGUCGAAACCGUCAUUUUACUCAAUUUCCCGCAGGAUUCCGUUCUAACAGCCGGGGUACAACUUCUGUACGCUUUGGCCAUCCUGUUAUCUACUCCGCUGCAAUUGUUCCCAGCUAUUAGGAUCUUGGAAACUUGGAUUUUCCCGGCCAACGCUUCAGGGAAACACAAUCCGCGGGUUAAAUGGAGUAAGAACUAUUUCAGAAUUGGCGUGGUGCUCAUCAAUCUCGUCAUUUCGUGGUUGGGCGCCAGAGACCUCGAUAAAUUUGUCUCCAUUGUGGGCAGUUUCGCAUGCGUACCUCUCAUCUACGUGUACCCACCAUUGCUGCACUACAAGGCGUUCAGAAACGGUGGCGCUCCUCGUUGGUCUCUGAUCCUGGACCAAGUUAUCGGAGUCGUUGGUUUUGUGAUCAUGGUGUACACGUCGUUUCAAGCGGCCAUGUUGUGGUUGAGUUGA